AUGGAUUUUGAGUUCUCCCCCAACUCGAAUGUGAACACAGAGAUUAUCAAACAGUUCUUAUCUUAUAAUGAUUGGAACAGUAAUUCAUUGCUCGUCUGGGACUCAAACACCAAAUACAAUAAAAUGGAGGUCAAGGAGCAUGCAGCAUCUCUACAGCUCAAUUCUUUAUUUAUUCCAGAAGAUGCGGUCGAAAUGUUUCAGCCAGCAAAUGUCUACUGGAAACCUACUGUCAUGAAAUACAUGCGGCAACAAUACAAGAACAAGUUUGGAAUCGAGGGCGGCCUUUAUUGGGUGAAUUUCUCGAUUGGAUCCAAGAGUCCUGGGAUUCCAUGA